AUGACAGUCUUUGGCGAUGCAUGGUCCCCAAGGUCUACCCCUCAAGAGCUGCCAGGGGAUAUGUUUGAUCUGUUUGGGGUCACAUGUGACCUUCCUGACCCACCAACCAAAAUAGGGGACUAUGACAACCCCGGGACCCCCGCGGGAGGACUGUACAUUAGGAUCUCCAACAACAGGAUCGACGCCAGUCUGGAGAAGAUGAGCUUUAUUUCUUACGACUCCCUCUGCUUAAAUUGUAGCAGGAAAGGUGUUUGCGUUUUAAGGAACGAUUCGUGUAUGAUAAAUGGACACUGCUUUGCACCUGAACAGCCUAGCCCAAGGGACUGGUGUAAGCAAUGCAUGCCAGAGACUGACCAAUUUGAUUGGAUUCGGCGGAAAGUGAACUACCCUCCAAACUUUACCUCUCCGUCUGUUUGGUUCGCUCUCGUUGGCGAAAAUCUGUCGCUUCAACUUAAGGCAACUGACCCUGAAAACCGUACAAUAAACUACAGGAUCACUAGCACGGAUGCGCAAGGUUACACGUUCACACCAAACGGGCAGCUGAACUACACCAUGACGUCUACAGACAACAAGACGUUCACAUUCGUAGCGACAGAUGAGUGCAAUGCUAACGAUACAACCGCGAUUACCCUUAUGGCGCAAUUUUGCCCAUGCCAAAACGGAGGUACAUGCUAUCCCCAUCCCUACUACCCUAGGGGGUCUGGCCAGUACGAAUGCGCGUGCCCAAAAGGAUUCAAUGGAAGUCGAUGCGAAAUGAACAUUGAUGAAUGCCAGUCGAAUCUUUGUGUCAACGGUUCCUGUGUCGAUGGUGUCGCCGGCUACACUUGUAAGUGCGAUGCUGGAUUCAAGGGUCGACUUUGCGAUGUGAAAAUCUCGAACUGCUCUGAAGACUCGUGUUAUCCUGGUGUCAACUGUACCGAGGACCAGAGUGGUUUUGUCUGUGGUCCGUGUCCUGUAGGUUUAUCAGGAAAUGGAAAAACGUGCAUAGUACCAGCGACCAAGCCUCCGAUGACGACAGAGAGCGCUACCUCAACAGAACUGGUGACCCAGCUUCCAACCGCAACGGAGAGAGUCACUUCGGCAGUAUCCUCGACCGAGCAGCCCAGGACAACGGAGAGAGUUACUCCUUCCAAAGCUUCAUCGUCGUUUACCGUGCUGCCAACGACAACAGAGAGAGUUACUUCCGAAGGUUCGUCGACCAAGCUGCCAACGACAACGAUGGCUGUUACUUCAAAAGUAUCGUCGACCGAGCUGCCCACGACAACGGAGAGAGUUACUACAAAAGCUUCAUCACCGUCGACCUACCUGCCAACGUCACCGGAGAGGGUCACUUCAGAAGAUCCGACCACAUCCACAAAUAUCCGGAGCACUGCGAAAGUGCCAAUUACAGCAGAAUAUACUGCACAGUGUCGUUUGAAGAUUCCUUGGAGAAAUGAGCUGUCUGAUAAAAGAACUAAAGAGUACAACGACUUGCAAACGUCUUUGGAAAAAGAGUUUCAGGCAACCUACAAGAAUGAUGCAGAUUUCCAGAGAGUCAACAUUGAAUCGUUCAGCAAGGGAAGUGUUAUAGCCAAGUUUAAGCUAUUUUUCAAGACUGAGAAGAAGGACCCACUUGGACCUUUGGCAGAUGAACUCAAGAAUGGGAAGCUUGGUGACAUCGACGCAGAUCCGAACUCGCUUACGAUUUUACGCCCCCAAGAGAAAGAACAAGAAGAAUCUUCUCAGACCGAAAUUGUAGUAAUCGCUGUGGUUGUGGUCAUUGUUGCUGUUCUAGUGGCUGUCGCUUGCUGUAUACUGUUCCGUCGUAAAUACUACUACUACGACUUGGAAAAGAAAUCUCGCAAGCAACCAGAGAAGGACCCUGAACGCUUCACAUACGAGAAUCCCGAGUACUGUGACAUCCCUGAGCUGGAAAACAACCGCGAAGGCGUCACCAAGCCCGCGCCUCAUUACGAGAUCAUAUCGCCAAGCCUUCCAAAGAAUUAUGUUGUACCGAGAGAAGGGCUUGAAGCUAAAAAUCACACAUACGAGGAGCUUAAGGCAGCCAAACCGAUCUAUCAGACCCUGACACCUGGAGUAUUACAAGAAGAACAACAGAACAAACCCUCUUCUCAGGCAAAAGCGAGCCAUAGCGUUUAUCAUAACGCUGGUUUUCAAAACUAG